GCUCGAGGGGUCGUGCGGCCGAGGCUGGACGCUGCAUCGGGGGAACGGCCUGCGGGGGCAUUCAUGGCGGGCAGCGUGGACGAGGAGGCGCUGCACCAGCUGUACCUGUGGGUCGACAACAUCCCUCUGUCCAGGCCCAAGCGAAAUCUUUCCCGGGACUUCAGCGACGGAGUCCUGGUCGCAGAGGUGAUCAAGUUUUACUUCCCCAAGAUGGUGGAGAUGCACAAUUAUGUGCCUGCCAACUCCCUUCAGCAGAAACUCAGCAACUGGGGGCACCUGAACAGGAAGGUGCUGAACAAACUCAACUUCUCCGUCCCAGACGACGUGAUGCGCAAGAUCGCUCAGUGCGCGCCUGGCGUGGUGGAGCUGGUGCUCAUCCCCCUGAGGCAGCGCCUGGAGGAACGGCAGAAGCGCAGGAAGCUGGGAGCUGGCUCUUUACAGGAGCUGGCCGCUCCCCAGGAUGGCACUGGCUACAUGGAUGUGGGUUUCCCCCAGAAGGCCCCAGGGGAAGGUGCCCUGGAUCCCAAGGGAGGGGCGCCGCCCAGGGGGGUCCGGCAGCCACCCCCCCGACCUCCAGGCUAUAGCCAGGCUCUGCAGGGCGACCCGAGCUUCGUUCUUCAGAUCGCAGAAAAGGAGCAGGAGUUGUUGGCCUCGCAGGAGACUGUGCAGGUCUUGCAGAUGAAGGUCAGGCGCUUGGAGCACCUCCUCCAGCUCAAGAAUGUGCGCAUUGAUGACCUCUCGAGGCGGCUCCAGCAGGCAGAGCGGAAGCAGCGGUGAGCGGCCAGUGGCAGCGCCAGGGAGUACCCGCAAGCACCCAGAGGCUGCGACCAGCUCCACCUAUGCACCCACCUAGUGACAGAAGGAACGGGCGGGCGGAGCCAGCGCCUACAAUGAGCUUGGGAGUGAGCCCCCUCCCUCCUUUGGGGUGGACCCCAGACUGAGCCACCUCCUUCCACUCCAUCCGGGUCAGGAGAAUGAAUCAUUUUCCAGAACCCAGAAGCCACGUGCAGAGACCUGGCCUACCCCCCAAAGCUGUGUCCCACCCCAGCAGCUCUUGGUGCUCCCUGUGGUGGGCCUUGAGAAGGGUGUCCUGAGAUCAGAUCCUGCCCCUAGUCCUGGGUCCCCUGGCAGUGCUGGGGAUGGUGCUAGCUCCCACUCAAGAUAGAGCU